AUGCUUGUAUCUAGCAUCUGGUCCGCACUGAAUGUGACGUCAUUCGGCGGGAAUAUUGGUUCUUCUACGUGCUUUCAUAUACACCAGUUUGAAACCAUUACGUUGCAUAGUCUUUUCAAGGCCAGUGGUAAUCUGCCGUCAAAGCAGCAGAAUGGGGUUGAAAUUAUUGAAGAUUAUGAUGAUGGCAGCAUUUUUUGUAAUCUUUUGAAAAAGGCAGGAGUCCAGUUAAAAGCUAGUAACCAUAGCAAUGAACUUUGUGUGGAACAUAUUGAAUUCUAUAAAAAGCUUACCAUUUAUUUGAAACGGCAUGAAAAUUACCCACAGGUGAUUGACGACUUUUUAGAAGGUGUACAGCAGUACAUUGAAGAUAGAAGCAGGUUCAAACAAGUGUUGUUGCCUUGUGUUUCUACAGCAGAAGAUAUCAGUUCCAGAAACAAACAACAAGCCUGUCUGAUACGUUUAUUAUUGAAUAUUGAUUUACUCCAGCCUAAAUUGAUAAUUCUUUUACUUGAGAAAUUACCAGAAUUUAUGGAUGAUGAGCCUUUAUUUGAAUGUGAUGAGAACAUGAACAUCCCACGUCAAGUUCUGGCACAGUUACAAUGGCUUGACCAUAUUGAAGAUAUGACUGCUCUUCGGGAAAAACUUUUAGAAAUUCUUAUGGUCACAUCUUUGGAUGUUCAGCGAGAAAUCAUUUCCUGUUUACCAGAAAUCAUGGAUGUCACAGAACAUGAACAAGUUGUUGGAGUUCUUAAAGAACUCCUUGAACAAAGUCCAGUGUUGACCAUUCUUAUUCUGGAGACAAUGUCCAAUCUUGUCCUCAACAAAGACUUAUUAGCUGAAGUGUUAGCAUCAGUUUUAAAGACAUUGCCUUCUUGUAAAAUGGAAGACUUGCCUGUUGUUGUGAAAUUUAUUUUACACUCAGUGAAUACAAAGGAUGCUGUGGGGGUUUUCCAUGAAAUGAGAAUUGCCUUAGAAUUUGAUGUCACUCUUGAUUCCAUGAUUUCUUCAACACCUGUCCCCGGAUCUUCAAAGUCAGUCAAUGAUACCAAUCAAAACAAUGAGAUUCUGGCCUUAGAGUUAUUAACAAUGAAAUCAAUUCAUUCUUGUCUUCAGUUCCAGAAGUCAUUGGUUGCUCCUUGGAUAAAAGUAUUGGAGCAGGUUCUUGGUGCCAAAGAACACAAAGUUGUCGAUGUCUUCCUCUUGUUAAUCAUUCAUUCACUAAAACACACAAAAAUUGUUGAAAGUCUGUUCCGAAACAAAAUCCGAUCUGGCGAUUUCACAGAAAAAUUACUCAAGUUUACCUUUUCUCGUCAUGCCAGUGUGAUGCAAGAAUAUUUCUCCAGUGUUCUUUCAUUGGCCUUGGCUUUCAUUUGCUCAUCAGAGACUGCUAUCCAACAUUUUGCAUGCAUUCUCUACAAAAAUGCCUUUGAGAAUUUGGACCGAUUUUGUAGACAGGAAAUUGUUGGCAAUCUGGUGACUCAUAUUGGUUCUGGAAUGACCAACGAGAUGGACACAGCAUUGGAUAUUUUAGUUGACCUGUCUGAAUCUUGUUUGGAUCAGAUAGCACCCUUUGCUAUCUUUGUUAAAGGGUUACUGGACUACACAGAUCAACUGAAAAUGUCUCAAAUCAGAAAAGUCUAUUUUGCAAUUAGCAAGCUAGCUUUUCAUUCAGACAAAGAUGGCGGACGAACAAAGAAUGAGCUUCACAUUGUCAUCCGAAAACAAUUAAUGAGUAAUAAAUUACGCUACAAGCAAAAUGGAAUAAUUGGUGGAAUCAUGUUGAUUAAAAGUGUUAUUUCAUCAAGCGAUCUCAAUGUGACGCCAGAGAUCUUGACCGAUGUUCUUGGACUUUUGGAAUUAAUGAACACCAGCAGCAAGAAUAUGCCAAAAGCUCAUUCCCUUUUCAUGGAUGAAUUAUCCAGUAUGAUCCACCAGACGACUUUACACCAAAAAGUAUUAGAAUGGCUCAGUGACAAAGUAAUCAAUGAUUUUCAAGACAAUUAUGUUGUGGAUUUAGAUAAAAACUUCCUCACCAGAAAUUCUUUUAUGCCUUUGGAUUUUCAAUUUGGUCUGGAUGAAGAUGUUGGGGAAAAUAUUGCACUCAAUAUCCUACCACUUUUUGAAAAUGCAGGUGGUGUGCAAACGAAAAAUAUUUUUGAAGAUGAUGACAGUGGUAAGAUUUCCCCUUUGUGUAUUGUUCCAACUUUUCGGCUCCUUGCUUUGUGUGAAUCCCAAAGAGACGAAACUCUAGAGGACAUCAUGGCAUUAUUAGGUUGCCCUGUCUGCAUUAUGAAAUCACAUGUUUUUGACAAAUUUGAUUGUUUGUCCAGAUCUGAGAAAGAAGUAGUUUGUGCCGUUUUGUUCUAUACACUCAAUUGGUUUCGAGAAAUCAUCAAUUUGUUCAGUUCUCAAAAGGAGGCUGAGGUCCUUGUAAAAGUGAUCAUGCGGUUACAACAUAUUACAGAAGUACAAACCAUUUUGGAGAAAUGCCUGGCUGCCACCCCUGGCUACGUGCCAUCACUUGCUUGUUUUGAUGUGGAUGAAACAGAGAUAAUUCCACCUAGCACUGACAAUGUACCUUCAACAUCUUCGACAGGAAAACGUGGAAAAAAACCUACCAAAAGAAAAAAGGGUGACAAAAGUGCAGAAGACACUUGUGAUAACACGUUGGCAGAUUUAGAAAACAGUGAAGUGAACAGUCAUUCUGAAGCUACCAAAGAUUCUUCGGAAAUUGGAAUUAAUUUGGACAACUAUUACCAGUAUUUCAGAGAACUCCACCUUAAUGUAAUGGACAUCCUGUUGGUUGGACCAAUCACAAGCAAGUCUCUUGACACACAAAUGAAUACAGAGUGUCUCCAAGACGUGAAGGUACAACCGCCCCAAGUGGAAUUCCUGCUCAAAGAUUUGAACAGAAAACUCAAACAUUCUUUGCCAACUUCAGCUAUGAGAAAGUUUUGCUUUGCCAGGGUCACAAGAAAUGAAGAUAUUGGUUUCACUUUAUUAAAUCAAAAAAGUCCCACUGAAAUCGUUCAAAAGAUAAUUACAUUGUUACCUGCCUUGUGUCAGCAGCUUGAAGGUUCCAGCGCUUUCUUUCAGGCUUUGGUAGCCAGUAAUGAUGGCAUAUUGGAUGGGCCUGGACACACUACGCCUGAAUUUCAAAGAGCGGCUUUAUGUUUCCAGUUGUUAAUAGAAAUUUUCCAUUCUUUAUUCUCAUGGAAAGAUUUAACACUUCCUGCUAAUAGUGCUUUGCUGACAUCCAUUUUGUCUGUGAUUGCUGGCCGUAUAAAAGCCAACACAAACACUAAUUUAUCUUUGCAGGAAAGCUUCAAUCUGACAGUGAAUUACAUGUACAAUUUUGGAAAUACCAUCCCAAACAUCCAGGCUGCUGUCAAACUGACAGAAUUGCUUGUCACGUUGACAGAGAAAAGAUCUAAUGAAGAAAAACACAAACCAGCGGAAUUGGCUGAAAUGUUUCUACAAAGAACUUGGCUGAAUAGUGUUGGGCAGCCAGAGAAAGGUGCUAAGUUCAACAAACAGAUUCAAAUCAUUUUAAAAUAUUUUAUAUCCUUGUCCAAGAAUCCAUUGGAUGCAAUUGGAAAAUUGACAAACGAAGCCAUUCCUGAGCUGUUGGAUUCAAGUCAAAAAGCAUCGUACAUGUAUCCAACGUUAACAGUAUCAUCGUUUCCCACAUUCUAUCGAGUGUCAUUUGCCGAGCUGGUGGCUGUUGUUAAAACGAUUUCUGCUGGCAAGAAGGAUGAAUCGUAUGAGAUUAGAAAAGAGAAAAUUCUUCAGUGGAAUUGGGCUGUGCGCAUCUUCCAUGUUUUGAUAACUUUCAUCAAAAGAUUUGAUGCCCUUGUAAACAUAGGGACAGUUUUGAAGACUGGCCGCGUCUUUGUGGAUGCUUUCACGAUUCAAGCAAUGCCGUUGUUGGACCAGUUAUAUCGAAGUCAGUAUGAGAAUAUUCAGGCAUUGUUAAAAAGCAUGCAGUUGAGCACAAGGUCUCUUCACCAUAUCUGUGGACAUUCUAAAAUUGUGAAAAGUGUGUUACUCACCAACCAAAUUCCCUUGGUCAAAAAGAGUUUGGAACAAUUAAUGCUGAGAGUGAAAGAGAUGCUGUCUAUUAACAAAUGUGAAGAAGGUUACAUGAUAGGAAUUCUUAAAAACCGAGAUUUAAUGGGAGAGGAGAUCCGUACCCAGUCAAGUACAGUAUCUCCAGCUGCUCAAGAAGCGGAACCAGAACCCGAAGAGGAAGAUGAAGUGAUGUCUGAGGAAGAAGAGGAACAGCUGAGUGAUGUGGAAAUGGAAGAAGCAGACAAGAAAGUUGAUUCAAAUGAAGAAGAACAAAAUGAAAGCUACAUUAUUGCUUUCAUCUAUCUCUUUUCAUCUCUUCUUUUUUCUCUAUUUUCGUCUAUACAUCUAUAUCUCUCUAUCUUUUCUCUCUAUUUUCGUCUAUACAUCUAUAUCUCUCUAUCUUUUCUCUCUAUUUUCGCCUAUACAUCUAUAUCUCUCUAUCUUUUCUCUCUAUUUUCGUCUAUACAUCUAUAUCUCUCUAUCUUUUCUCUCUAUUUUCGUCUAUACAUCUAUAUCUCUCUAUCUUUUCUCUCUAUUUUCGUCUAUACAUCUAUAUCUCUCUAUCUUUUCUCUCUAUUUUCGUCUAUACAUCUAUAUCUCUCUAUCUUUUCUAUCUAUUUUCAUCUAUACAUCUCUCUCUAUUUCAGUUUAUUCCUAUCUCUCUAUCUAUCCUCUGGGGUUAAGUAUGUAAUUCAUAACGUUGUGUGUUUAGUUAAAAUUCUAUCUAUCUAUCUAUCUAUCUAUCUAUCUCAAUUUGUAAAUAUUUAUCUAAAUACGUUCAAAUCUAUCUAUCUGUCUAUCUAUUAUCACAGGUGA